CGUGGCUGCCGGUAAGAUAUUAAUUUUGGUUCAGUUCCGCGUUUCGAUAUUUCAAAUUGUUUGAAUUGUUGCGUAAAUGAACGAUGAGCCGAUCAGCUGUGUUCAAUGGUGAGAAAUGGUAGCUACAUUGUAGAAAGAUAAUUACGUGAGAUUGCACUUGUGAUUGAACAUCAUGUUGCUUACUCUGAGAGUUGACCAGAAGAAACAUCUAUUGUUUCUAGCUGAACAAACACCUCAAGUGUUACAGGAUUUCUGUAAAUUGGCACUUGAUUACCUGCAGAAGGGACCUAAUUUCAAGCAUUACAGUGCUGCUGGCCAAAAACUGGAAGUAGAGCCUGAUGUUAUUAAGAAUACCGUUGAAGCUCUUGUGAAUUUAAUAAUUGAGAGCUGCAAAUACAAGCUGAGUGACGAGGAUUUUCGUGACUCCAUUGUAGCACUUGGUUUUACAGACGAAAAGGAAACUUUAUUGAAAAAAUUAUACGAAGUAAAGAAGUUAGAGGUAUCAGAUGCACUUACAAAUAUUGGUAUAAAGUUACCACAAUAUCAGAAUAUGGAAUGGAGAUUCGACGUUCAAAUUGCCUCGAGAUCACUUCUAAGUCAAGUAACACCUUUAAUAACUUUGGAUUUUAUGCUGAAGAAUACAGAGACACCCGAUGAAAUCGAGCACGUUCUAUUACAAACUGAUCCUACAAAUUUACUUCACCUUGCACAUGAAUUAGAAAUGGCUAUGCAGGAAGGACGUAGUCAGCACAUACGUAGAAUCAACCAUGGUAAACGAUCAGAAGGAAUGUGUAUAUGUCCACAGGAUAUGGAGAUGGCCAAGGAAUUAAUCUCCAAAAAUUUUAAUAACAGUCAUACAGUUAGUAAUGAAUACUCAACCACCGUCACCGUAGCCACUAUAAUCUCAGAAACAUUAAUUACGAUAGGACCACAGGCAGCAAGACAGUGGAUGCGUUACAAUAAUCAAACAGUUGUUGAUAAAGUUCCACCUGAGAUGAUACACUUGAUAGAUUCACAUUGGUACCAAUACCCGCCAAUGGAUCCUUUAUGGCACAAGAUUCUGGGACUGGUAAUGAUUGUCAUCGGGAUAUUAGGAUGGUGUGGAAAUGGGGUUGUUGUCUACGUAUUUUUGAUGACACCAUCUCUCAGGACCCCGAGUAAUCUUCUCGUCGUUAAUCUGGCCUUCUCGGAUUUCUUAAUGAUGAUAAUUAUGUCACCACCCAUGGUCGUCAAUUGCUAUUAUGAGACUUGGGUUCUAGGACCUCUUAUGUGUGAUAUCUACGCAAUGGUUGGAUCCUUAUGUGGCGGUGCAUCAAUAUGGACAAUGACUGCUAUUUCGCUGGAUAGAUACAAUGUAAUCGUCAAGGGAAUGUCUGGAACGCCCUUAACCAUUAAACGAGCUUUGCUUCAAAUUCUAUUAAUAUGGUCAUUCGCCUUGGUUUGGACAAUUUUACCAAUGGUAGGAUGGAACAGAUACGUUCCUGAAGGUAAUAUGACGUCCUGCGGUACGGAUUAUCUUAACAAGAGUUGGGUUUCUAGAUCUUAUAUUCUGGUUUACUCCAUUUUUGUAUAUUACACACCAUUAUUUACCAUAAUUUACAGCUACUACUUUAUCGUUUCGACUGUUGCUGCCCAUGAGAGAGGAAUGAGAGAGCAGGCAAAAAAAAUGAAUGUGGCAUCAUUACGCUCAGGAGAUAAUCAAGCAGCUAGUGCAGAAGCAAAGUUAGCUAAGGUGGCUCUAACUACAAUUUCCCUUUGGUUCAUGGCUUGGACGCCAUAUUUAGUUAUCAAUUACAUGGGAAUAUUCAAUGGUCAAAUUAGUCCAUUAUUCACAAUAUGGGGUUCACUGUUCGCUAAAACAAAUGCCACAUACAAUCCAAUUGUAUAUGGUAUCAGCCACCCAAAAUACAGAGCAGCAUUGAAGGAGAAGAUCCCAUUUCUAGUAUGUGGUUCAACCAAUGAAUCUGCAGCUGCCUCCACGACAGCAGCUGCAGCAAAUGCUGAUACAGCUUCGACGGGUACAGCAGAUGGAAAAGCUUAGCCAGUUCAUCUUACUGUUGAAUCAUGAGAUUAGAAGCAAGACAAUAAUUUCAAUCAUAUUUCUUCGACACCGAUAACACCUAAAGAAACCUACAAAUAAUCAUAGCCGCGUUAGUAACUUAAU